CUUCCCUUAAACCCUCCUCCUUGAUCCUCCACAUGUGCCUCUCUCUUUUUGGUGUAAGAAACCAUGGCCUUCUUUAACACCAUCCUCCUCCUCCUCCUCCUCUCACUCUUCCUUCUUCUCCCUGUCCCCUCUCUCUCUUCCCCACUCUCUCUCUCCUCCUCGUCGUCGUCCUCCUCCUCCUCCAUUCAUGACCUGCUUCGCUCAAAAGGCUUGCCGGCCGGACUCUUGCCCGAUGAUGUCAAAUCCUACAAGUUGUCGGAAAACGGCUUAUUGGAGGUUUUUCUCGACGGGCCUUGCUUGACGAAAUACGAGAACAGAGUAUUCUUUGACAGCGUCGUGAGAGCUAAUCUCACGUAUGGUAGUCUCAUCGGAGUCGAAGGUCUGUCUCAGGAAGAGCUAUUUCUAUGGCUUCCCGUCAAGGAUAUCAUCGUCGAUGACCCCACAUCUGGGUUGAUACUGUUCGACAUUGGGGUCGCUCACAAGCAGCUCUCUCUCUCACUCUUCGAAGAUCCGCCUCACUGCAAGCCCCAAGGUGGUUUGAAACUGAAGAAGCAUGUGAGGAAGGAGAGAGGAUUCGAGGCUAUGAGAUAGAAAACAAAUAAAGAAAAAACAGAGAGAUGCCACCCUGUUUUCAACAGGGCUUUCCUUAUUAUUGUAUUUUUCUCUGUCAUCAUGUUCAUAUUUAUAUAUAUAAAUAUAUAAAUGUUUUUAUAUGAUCUUAAUUAGCUCUGCAAUUAUAGUCAUAUGAGUAGGCUUUUCUAGAGUUAGAGAGGUUUGUUUGGUGAGAGGGAGAGGGAGAGAUUGUAAAGAAAAGAAUUGGUGGGGAAGAUGAUGAAGAACCUGGGAAUUGAAUCUGCUUUGUCAUAAUCAUCAAAUUUAUAACUUCUAAAUCUUCCAACUUUUUUUCUUUUGCUUGUUC